AUGCGCCCCGCGCGCACCCCCCGGCGUGGCGUUCCAAACGAGCGAGUGCUGCGAUCAGCGACGCCACGCAGCCGUACGCAUCCUGCGACCCCGCGCUUGCCGACACCUCGACCAAGUAGCGCCGCUGCCGACCCCGAAAUCGAAGUCAUUUUGCCCAAGCUCAAGCUACAGGGUGCUGUCGAUACGAAGAAGACGCAGGCGUGUCUCUCGGCUCGACUAGUACCCCGACUGCAAGGCGCCAUGGACAAUUUAGACAAAGCACGGAACCGAGUGCGCACACUGCAUGUGACCAAACUGAACUACGGCUUCGUGUCGCAACAACUACAGCGCUUGGGCGACCGCGCCCACUUCGACACGAAGGUCGCUGCGCCACCAGUCCACACAGAGAAGAAGCUGCGUCAGCGCCCGACGACAAGCAUCUACGAGCAAGCAUCGUUUCAGCCACAAGUCCCGUCAAAGCAAACAGCACGGUCUCUCGCGUGGUAG